ACCAGUAGCAAAAAUGAAAUUCAGUGAAACAAAUCACCAUCUUGAGGCUUCAUAGUAUUUACUGCACUACUUAAGAACGUAGUGAACAUUAAAUAUAUUCAAAUUUCGAUCCAGAUUACAAGAAAAAUUUAUUUCGUCACCAAUUUAAAAUCGCUUCUUUGUCUAGAGUUAAUCGUGAUCGGAAAAGAAUAGCAAUGGAGCGUUGGUGGUAUUUGGAUAAUGCUUCCAAUGGAAGAGAUAAAGUUCAAAAAUCAAAAAAGUCACCAAGCAAGAGAAGUGAUGUAAUAACUCAUAAAAAAUGGACCUUUAGAGUUCUCGUCAGUCAGCUUGAAUUGAAUGUUUAUGAAAAAAUCGCACUAACAGGAGAUUGUGAUGAGCUUGGCAAUUGGGAUCCUGAUCAAGCAGUUCUGCUUAACAAGGAAGAAGAAAACGUCUGGAGUAUUCAAGUUAACAUUCCUUGCGAUGUUGACGUCAACUAUCGUUAUUUUGUUGCUUCUAUCGAUCCUUCAAAUCAAACAAGUGUUCAUGUUAGACGCUUUGAAACGCACAUUAAUCCAAGGACAAUUCUUAAAAGCAGCGAGCCGCAAGAGUUGAGUCAGAGUGAAACGUUUGGGGUUGUUGAAGGUGUUGAAAAGUUCGAUAAAGGCUGGCUGACAAAUGAGACAGUGCUGGAGCUUAAAUUCUUUAACAACCCAUUCAACUUAAAGGAGCGUUUGAAAAACCGAUUGUUGUUUGUAAAGCUGACUGCAAUGAAUUUGCGCAUAAAUGCCGAGUCGUCUAACUUACAUUCAGUCAUGGAGGAGUCGUUGUCAAAUGAUACUCGAGAGAAUACCAAUGAACAGCCAGCUUAUGCAUUUUCAGAAGUGGCAACACUCAACAAUGACGACUUUAAUUUUCAACGUCAAGAGCAAUUUGGUCGUGUUUAUCAGAAAGACGAUAUUCUCGUUUUUCACAUAACUGUAACCGAACCAGAAAAUAUUGCGUAUCUGAUUGAUCUGUACACAUAUAAAAAACAUUCUGACGAUAGUUUGCCGCCUUAUCAUUUCGGUUAUCAUUAUUUACUACCAAAUUUGUUGAAGAAAUCCGAAGGUCAACUUGAGCUUCCGAUCACGUGUGCUUCGAAGCAUCGUCCAUUAGGGAUGAUGAAGAUAGAAUUUCUUAAAAUCACGCCUUUGAACGAUCCAAGAUGUGACUUGAAGAUGUCUUUCAUUCGUUAUUGGAAUGAAAAAUGGACGGGUCUUGAUGUGGGUCAUCGUGGAUCAGGAACUUCUUUCAAAGUAACAAGUGGUGGUAAUAUUCGUGAAAAUACAAUCGCAUCACUUAAACGAGCAGCUGAAUCUGGUGCCGAUUUUGUUGAGUUUGAUGUUCAAUUAUCUAAGGAUUUACUACCCGUCAUCUAUCAUGAUUUUCAUGUGUACGUGUCAUUGAAGAAGAAAGCAACGUUUGAUGCACAUGACAUGCUUGAACUGCCAAUGCGAGAGCUUACGUUGGAGCAAUUAAAAAAUUUAAAAGUUUAUCACGUUGUUGAGGGACGCAGUCGUGAGCCGAAAUUUUUCGAUGAAGAUUUAGCUGAACAUCAACCGUUUCCAGAACUGUCGGAAGCUUUGACAAUGAUUGAUGAGAAAACAGGAUUCAAUAUCGAAAUCAAAUGGGCUCAACUGCUUGAAAACGGCUUACCUGAGGAUAAUCACUCAAAUAUAGAUAAAAAUUUAUACGUCGAUUGCAUCGUUGAUGUUGUUUUAGCAAAAGCCGGCAAACGAAAAAUUAUUUUCUCUUGCUUUGAUGCUGAUAUUUGUGUUAUGUUGCGCAAUAAACAAAAUCUCUAUCCUGUUAUGUUUUUAACAAUGGGACAAACCAAGAAAUAUCCAAAGUAUUACAAUCCAUGUUGCAACACAAUCCAGAAUGGCUUGAAAUUUGCUGUGGCCAAUGAACUUCUUGGUAUUGUAGCUCAUACUGAGGAUCUCUUGAAGGAUAUUACUCAAGUGAAUUUGGCAAAAGAUAUGGGCUUAGUAAUUUUUUGCUGGGGUGACGACAAUAAUUGUAAAGACACAAUAAAAUUUCUCAAAGACAAAGGCUUGCAUGCAAUCAUUUACGACAAGGUAGAUCUUCUCAUUGAUUCAAAGGCGAUAUUACCUGAUGUGAUAAGAAAAUGUCCUAAAUCUUCAAUUGACAUGAAUGAUUGUAUAUGCAAAUCAAUAGAACUUUUGAGAAAUAAUUUAGCAAAUGGAGAUUUCGGUGAGAACUUUACGAUACCAAAAAUCGAACCAAUGUUUAUCGACGAGAUUAAAAUGCAUCGAGGAAGUGACUUUAAAGCGAGUUUCAAAAACUUAUUUGUUGCUGGUCCAAGUCAAUUUGUUUUGAAGAAUUUACGAGCAAAUGUUGACAACAAAACAUUCACUUUCGACUUAGAGUUGCCAUUUUUGGAGUUCAAUGGCGAUUAUUCCAUAGCUUUGAAGCUUCUUGUGAAAAUAUCCGGGAAUGGUAAAUUUAAGGGAGCAUUUAAAAACUCAAUUGCUAAAGUCAAUGCUGUUGGCACGCCGUCAUCAUCACGAGAAGGCUUCACAGAGUUUAAGUUGGUGGUGAAACUAAACGUUGAUUACGCAUAUUUUCAAAUGGAAAGUCUUCUGUUAAGCAGCUUUGCUGCUUCAAUUCGCGUUUGUUCAAGAAAUGAACCAAAUUUGAAUCAAUGUAUCAUUGCAUCAGUUAAAGAACUACAACCACGGUUAGCAUCGGGACAAUUAGACCCUGACUUUGUUGUACCUGCUCUUGAACCUCUUGCGUUAGAUAAUAUUCGAAUGGAGAGAGGACAGGAAUUUAAAGCACAUUUUACAAAUUUAUUAGUGACUGGUCCGAGUAGUUUCAAUAUCGAGAAAAUGAGAGUGAAUCUUGAUAAUGGAACUUUUGAUUUCAUUAUUAACAUACCGAAAUUGAACUUCGUUGGUAAAUAUAGUCUCAAGAUAAACAUUCUACUGUUGAAUAUUCAAGGUAAAGGUGAUAUGAAUGGAAGUUUCGAAAAUUCACGGGCAAGAGUCAAAAUGCAUGCGAAUAAAUAUCAAAAGAAUGGACAGACUUAUCUCAAGUUUGAGAGAUUUAAUCUUAAAAUCCAAAUUGGAAAGCACAAACUUCACUUAAAUAACUUGUUCAAUGGUGAUCCUAACUUAGGACAAAUUGGAAACCAAUUCAUUAAUGAAAACAGUGAAAUCUUCCUUUCUGAAAUCAUCCCAGGAUUGGAGAAGAAUCUCGCUGAGAUCUUUACGAAAACAGCUAACGAAAUUGUCGAGACUGCAAGUUUCGAUGAAAUGUUCCCAGAUAUUCCUCCAACAUUUAAUGUUUAAAUUUAAGAUUGUGAUGUGAUUUUAUGUAUGAUGCUUAAAAGUUUUGUCAGAAUUAAAGAACUUUGUUUUUCCAUUAA